GUCGUAUAGACUUUUGUACACAGUGCGACUAUAGGUACGCGCUUACGUACAGUUAUGUACUUAUUGUUAGGUUAAUAGAGAAUAAAAUGUUUGAUACGAUAACGAAAUGCGUACCAGGUCUCAAAAGUGAACAAGCACUUGACGAACAUUUGGAAAAUUCUUGGUGGUUGUUGAAACGAUAUUUAGUGUCGUAUGAAGAAGCGAUAGCAACUCGAAUACGAGUAUAUCGUUGGGGAGUGUCUCGCGGCUGUAGCGACGGCGUUGGUAGCGGUGGUGGCGACGGUGGCGGCAGCGGCGGGCGCCUUCACUGCGACCCGGUUGCAACGGUGCUCUCAGUGCUGCCUAACGCGCAGGCCUGACUACACGUUACUCUCUCUCCACUACGCAGGUACAAACACGCUGCCGACAGUUUUCACGCCGAGUUGAGAACCCUCCAAAAAGUAUUGCGCGGCCAUCUGAUAACGUCACAGGACUUGUUGGAUCUAGGAUCGAAGUAGAAUGAAAGUCGAGAAAGUGCGAUUUUAAGUGAUUAUCCAAUGGACAAUGUUACUUAUUUAAUAUCCGUGCAUUUGAAUUGCCCAAGGUAGUGAGAAGGCGGUGCUCGUGGUUUCUGAUGUACUGCUGUGCUAUUGUUAUCUGGUGAUGCUCGCAGUGUUGGAGGUGCUUGAGUUGACGGAGGAAUCGAAAGACACGGCGUGACGGGAGGUGUGUACGGGAGUGCCGGGGAGCGCCGGGACGUCCAAACGGAAACGAAAGUUUCCUCGAAGCGGUUUAGCGUGUCGUCUUUGUGCCUUUAAAUAUUAACGGACGUGGAUACCAGCGUGGCAUCCUAGGAGGCUUUAGUAUAGUUUGACGUGGGAGCUCGCUAGGAGGUUAGGUGAUGGCGAUGAAAGAUGCAAAGGACGGAACAUGCACGUAUUAUAUACAGUGACAUCCUCAUCAGGUAUAAGUGCAUAUACGAAUCGAAUCUAAUGGACGGUAAAUACAACUAGAUCCAUCGCAAUUGGCAGCGUGUGUAAUGAACGAGCCUGUACGUUACUCCAGGAGUAACGGGCAAGGUGAAACGUCGUGAAGGCUAAACACGGUGAACGAGAUGACAGGUGAAACGUCGGAACGGCAUUACUACUUGGCGAUCGAUAACGGAACACACGCAGUAGGUUCUAGACUGUAGUCCUCCUGUCGCACGUAACGCGACUCCAGCUGGACUUCUUUAGCCGAUGCAAGAAUCGGGAAGGAAGACACGACAGCCAAGGAUAAAGGUGAACCCACGGAACGGCUUAUAGUCUGUUACCACUAUGCCUGGAAUUCAGGAUGGGUCGAAGAACAAACAGAGUCGAAUAAAUGGCGCAUUUAACGCCCCGAAGCAUAAGGAGCUCGAUCGCAGUCAGAUAGAUCGUUAAGCGCAGAAGCGCAAGAUCUCCCCUCUACUGUAGUACCGAUGCUAUUUGCCACGCUAAAGAAAAAUGGACGAACGAGUAGACCGCGAGAGUAUUCGUUGAUCGGCCACAACUUUGACAUUUUUUUUAUUUCUCCCCGGAUGCUUGCGGGAGACUCGAAGAAGAGCCUUGUGAAUUCUUGUGUAUAGGUUAGAUGCGGAAUUAGCCUUGUUUCUGCAGGACUGAAGGUACUGGCGAAGGAGCACAGGGGAGUGCAUCUCUGUCCAGGUGUAAAACCGGCAAGGAAGGAACUUCGUACAGAACGAGGAACGAAGGAGAGAGCUUAUUUUUAGCCGUUGCUUCGCGCAUCGCGUCUCCAUCGCAUCGCAAAAACCGGUUUCGUCUCCUAUACGUGGCCUAUAGUCCAAUCCAGGGAACGUGUAACGUAAGCGUAAACGUACGUGUUAAAGGAAGAUGAGAGUUUACCGAGAAGGAAACUUUUCCUCGCGUUCUUUUCCUGUGUUUAUGAACGGUCGAUAAUUAUCAUCAUAACGCCGUCGGAAGAUUCCUCGAGAAUUUCACUGGAAUAUAUUGAUUCCUCACUGCCAUUUCUAUUGUCAACGUUGUUGGGUUUCUGGUUAUCCUGUUACACGAUGUUCUUAUCGGAUCGAUAGUGUAUACUUGGUUCUCUAAAGAAGUAUAGUCACGCCCACGUGGACAUAACUUGCAGGAGCUUUUACACUGCCCAUCCUUGAUCCUUCAAUUCUUCGGAAGUUACGAAACGAACUCGAGGAAGGUCACCGAGGAGUAAGAACUCAGCAGGGACGAUGCUGAUUCUUUUUAGUGGAGCAGCUAAUAGGUAUAAAUUGUCUGGAUCAAAUUAAGGUAACUUCGUGAUCUUGCGGAGGGACUAAAAGAAAUAAAAAGCAAACGAGUAUCCUUGUGCCUUGGGAAUAAAAUUUAGGGGAAUACCAAGAGAAGAUUUAGACGACGAGAAUAUUAGCAGCCAUUGGAUUAUUCCUGUGGAAGAAGUACGAUUCUCAUUCCUCCUACUAAUUGAAAUUGUCCGCUGUCCACGAUUCCGUUUCGCAUGGAAUCGCACAGACUUGAUUAAAUCGAGAAAAUCAUCUUGCGCCGAUAACGGUAACUCAACGCCGAUGUCCUCAGUUGGUAUCGCGAUCAACGUAUUCUAGAAGCGUCACCGGUCGCCUCUUGGAAACGGGACUUAAGGCGACGAGACCGCCGACGUUGUUCGUCUGGUUAAUCAAGUGAAAAUCCAAAGUGUUCAACGGUAUGAGGUAUGGCCAAUACGAAUGGUCAUCGAGGUGUUCGGGACGUCGCGACGACGACGCCCGAUUUACAGCUUGGCCGGAAACGUGCGCUGGCUGCUCGUGGUGCAGCCGGUGCACUGGCGCUAGGGAUCCUAGCUGUGGUCCUCCAGGCGGCGGCCACGGCGACCCCACAGUGGGGAUACUUUUCCAAUCCUGACGCCGGAUCGGUCUUUGAGAAAGGCUACUUCGGACCGUGGCGUCAAUGCAAGUUCCUAGAGUACAGUCGUGAGAGAUGCGGCCACAACGUAUCCAGGUUUCAGCCAGUUUUGGCAGUUUGGGUGGCUGGAUUAGCCGCUGCAGGAGCUUCGGCUCUGCUGGCUAUUAUCGUAGGACUGGCUGUACUUCAAUUGGCAAUGGCAUCGUCAGCGACCCGAUUAAUCAUGUCGUACAGUACAGCUUUGAUCAGCAAGGUAGCCCUUGCGACUCUGGCAACUUCGUUGGCCAUCGUGGCAGCCAGUCUCUUCGCCCUACAGACGGACGAUCGUGCCAACAGCUUCAUAAUCACCAGAGGCGAGGCCUUUUACAUGCAGCUGGCAGCCAUUGUCCUGAAUUUCGGCGUCCUCAUAUCAUCGGUCUACGAGGGUAUAUAUGCGCGUCGCGGGGGCGAUCCAACGAAACUUAGGAACGUGACGAAUUCCCAUGCGACCACCAUUAACAAUCCUGGAUACCGGGAGCAUCAUCAUCCUACGAACGGUGGUGGUAUCUCGAUGACAGACGCCAGCGGAAAGCCUUACGCAGGUGGUGCCGGAAAUGGGUCCAUGGCAUCAGUGAGCAGCGCUGCCAGUACAGCAUCUCCAUUGAGAAGUUCUCUGAAGAAACCGAAGCCUCUUGGGAUUCAUAAUCCUGGAUUUUCCGCUCACAGUCCGACCUUGUCGAGGAACGGAUCUCAGAAGAAGGUGCGGAUUCAGACCCAUUCGACGGAGGUCUAAGGAAUGACGUGGGAAGGAUAAAAAGAUGGUGGCCAGUCCAGGAGAAAAAUUACAGAUAAAGAAGAAAAGAGCGAGAGAGAGUGCGUGUGUGUGAUAUAAGAGAAGAAUUUACUUAUAAUACUGUGAAAAUCACAUCCGUCCAGCCCUAAACAGGCAGCUAUGUAGCGUUAUCUUCGUCACGUGACGAAUUUCGAAUUUCGAUGCGUUGUUCAGAGAUAAUUAUAUAUUUUUAUUAAAAAUUAUUAAUUUAUAUAGAAAUGAGUGGAGGGGGGGGGCGGGUAAUACGAUAAAGAAUUACUCUACGUUCAUCGCCAAUCGCAGUACAAGAUUAUCGUGAAUUCCCAAUUACUAUCCAUUAUCCAUUAUUCAUAAUUCAAUUCCCUUUAUCCCGUUCCUUAAAAUUUACCAAAUGGUCCUGAGAGUGCCUGUCCCCCUUGGCUUUUACCCGGAUGUUACGUGCCUUGGUUUCUACCGGAGUAGGUCUCGUAUACGGUCGCGAAUUGCGGGCAAAUUGUUAAUCAUUUCUUAUUGUCUUAAGUAUUAUGCGUAUAUAUAUAUAUAUAU